AAAUCCGUUUCCAGGCCAAGUAUUCCAUGAAUACGAAAAGGAAAAUAUUUACUAUCGUGGACUAUCGUGGAACACGGAUAUAUUGGCGAAAGUAUUGGAAGGCGAUAGGAACCUUGGAAAACAUAGAAAGAAGGUGUUGAAAAGUGGGCCUUGUAACAAAGUUUUCCUCUAUUACUCUGGCCAUGGUGCGGUUGGAUAUAUUUCUUUCCCAAAUGGACAACUCAGUGCCAUGCAAUUGAACGAUAUCCUCACCAGCAUGCGUUCAAAGAAAACGUAUAACAAAUUGGUGUUUUAUAUGGAUGCUUGUUACUCUGGCUCUAUGUUCCACGAUCUUUUACCUACAGAUGCGGGAUUGUACGUAACAACCUCAGCCAACGAAAAAGAAGUAAGCUGGGGUGCUUUUCGUAGUGACAGGCGAAUCGGUGCAUGUACUGCAACCGAAUACUCGUAUUCGUGGAUUACGGAUUCGGAACACAAAGACUUGAAAAAGCGUACACUGGAUCAACAGUAUCAGGAGGUGAAAAAGAGGACAAAAAAGUCACGUGCUGAACUUGGCCACAUCAUGAAGGAAACGUUCCACGACAUUGUCAUGGAUGUGACAACCCACCAUAAGCCAACAGUUAACAACUUGUCCAAGAGGGAUGAGCUCAUAUGUUACGAAACUGUAUGCGAUCACUUUGAGACGCACUGCUUCACAAUGCAGCAGCUCCCAGAGGUAGCUCAGCAUACAAUUCAUCUAAUGGAGCAGUGCAAAGCUGGAUACGAGGCCAAAACCGUCAUCGAGUGUGUCCACAGCGUCUGCUCCUA